GUGUGUGUGUGAGUGUGUGUUGGGUUGCGAUGUCGGAUAUAGGAAGUGGCGAUGAGGGUUCAAGUUCGCAAAAGUACCAUCAAGGAAUGGAGCAAGGAAGUGAAUAUGAUUCAGGUCAGCAGGGACAGGUGGAGCAAGAACUGGCAACUAAAAUGUUGCAGAUACAGAGUAAAAGAUUCUACCUAGAUGUCAAGCAAAAUCGGAGAGGUCGUUUCAUCAAAGUUGCAGAGAUUGGUGCUGAUGGUCGACGGUCCCAAAUUUUCCUUGCUUUAUCCACUGCUGCUGAGUUCAGAGAUCACCUCUCUGCUUUUAGUGACUUUUAUUCCUCACUGGGUCCACCGAAUCCCGACAACGUGCCCGAAGACGGCAAACUGAAGUCCGAGAUGAUGAUCAAGGACAACCGUCGCUACUAUCUCGAUCUGAAGGAGAACUCGCGAGGGCGUUUUCUGCGCGUGUCGCAGACGAUAACACGCGGCGGGCCGCGCAGCCAGGUGGCCAUUCCCGCGCAGGGCAUGAUCGAGUUCAGGGACGCGCUGACUGAUCUGUUGGACGAGUUCAGCACCGACGAGCACGCUUACAAGCCGGACCUGCCCGAGGGCCGGCACAUGCACGUCGACAACAAGAACUUCUAUUUCGAUAUAGGCCAAAAUAAUCGAGGUGUUUACAUGCGCAUUUCCGAAGUGAAAACGAAUUUUCGAACAGCUAUCACUGUACCUGAGAAAAGCUGGCAGAGGUUCAGAGACAUCCUAAGUGACUACUGCGACAAAAUUAAACAGCCAGCACAAGGUUCCGGUGGAGGUAUGUCUACUCAGGACCAGCCACAUCCUUUGGUGGGCAAUAAUACCCAACAAGAUACCGGGACAAGUUUAAAGUAGGCUAGCUGCCAUUUUAGACUAUUAGAUUUAUUAAUAUAACAAAUUAUAAAAAUUGGAUUGACACAGGAGUCGAUUUUCCAAACCUCUUGCUUUAAAAUGGGACAUGAGAUGUUUCCGUUGAGGAGGUGGAAAAUUGAUGUCUGUCUAAAUAUUGAUCAGUUCAAGGAGUUGGUAUUCUGUGCAGUGUUACGAACACUAUAAAUGUUAGAUUCUCUAUUAUAUGUUACAAAAUAAUCCUAAAUUAUUUAUUUAGUUGUUUUAAGUUGUUAAGAUAGAUCGAAGAUCAUUUUCGGCUUUUGGGUAAACUAUAGUCAAGGGAAAAGCAUAUCAAAGACCUAAUUUUUCCACUUUUUACUGAUUAUAUGGAACAUGUAUUAGUAUAGGUUUGUUAUAUUCAUAAAAAUAUAGCUUACUGCCAUAAUGUUAAGAUGUGUUUUUUGAGAUUUCUGUACAAACAUCUGUGCGAUAUCUAGGCUAUUGUUUAUUCAAAAGAAUUUUAUUUUUUUAAGGUUUGAUGGGCACCACUUUUCUUUUGUGAUCUUCAUAACAUUGCGACAAUGUUCAAACACUGUCGAAGCUCUGUGAUUAUUUUAUCUUUAUGGAAAAAAAGCUUUAUAUUUUACUAUGUUGAUCUUGUGACUUCUUUUGUUACAGAAGUUCAAAUAAAAAUUAACACCAUU